AUGCUACGGACGCCUCAAUCUCUGAGUCAAGGGGAUAUGUCCUCGCCACUAGUUCGAUCUAUUGAAGAUGAAGCUCCAGCUAGCUUCCAGAUACGAUGGAGCUCGAUAUCUUCCACACAGCCUGUUUUAUCGAGACCAGAACAAGGCCGUGUCUAUCAAGAAUGGAUUGGUGCUGGACGGCCUCACAAUAUAGUUUGUUCGGAGUGCCGUCUUCCUGAUAGUCUUAUCGGAUGUCAGACAUGCUGCAGAUCCUAUCAUACAGCAUGUCUUGCAGAUGUUGUACGCUCUGCCAAUGCAUUUUAUUGCCCAUCUUGCCGGGAGAGGGCUUGGGAUCAUGCACCACCUCAGUUUUCCGUGCCGCCUUCGGCUUCAGGUAGCCCUCGUGGCACCAAUUCGGGUGUCCAGUCACCGCAGAAGCAAGACUCACCGUUCGGAUCCACCUCAAUUAGAGCUGAAGGCUCGCCGGCGGCUCCUCGACCUACCUUCAGCUUUUCUCGAAUGCCACCUCCCGGCUUGAACCGGGUCGAAGACUACGAUUCCGGUCUUGCACCGGACAAGCUGCCUCCUGUUGCAGAAAUGUAUCCCCAGGUUCUGGAAUAUCUUAAUCUCCCAGGGGCUCAGACUGACCAGCUUGCCCAACUGCAAUUCAAGAAUCAACUGGGAUUAAUGAUGAAAGAGAUCGAAUCAUAUCGAUCGCUGCUCCAGGACCAAGCGAAUCUCAGAGAGGACCAUCUGAGACUACAAACCGAGAACACAAAGAUCAGAGCAUAUCUCAAUUCCAGUCUUGCGCCACGAGAGCCUGCACUUGCAAGCCCUUCGACAUUCUCACACAGCAUCCCGAGGCCACCAACAGAAACGAGAGGGAAAUCAUGGGAUAGCAUUGCCCUUGACCUGAUUUGA